UCUCUACCUUACCGACGCCGAAGCGACUAACGUCAGGUGUCUAUUACACACCGCCUGUAAAGAGACCGCGCUAGCCGCCGACGUCCCCGACCACUAUCCCAUCCUUGGGAACAUAUCCUUCUGCCGGCAGCUCGAGCUCACCGGAAACUGUUGACGAGCCCGAACCAAGCCGUAGCGGGACUCAGCCCCCUACCUCGUCCUUCAUGAGACCCCUCGCAUCAGCAACUUAUCUGCCUGCACCUACACCUGUCUUUGAUACGAUCAUGGCGGCCACUCUCUACCAUCCAGUCCGGCUUUGGAUGCUCUUUCUUACAGUACCCUAUAGCUUUGCAUCCCAUACAUCGCCUAAUCCCCUUCUUUUUUUCCACAAACCUAAUAGGCCAAAGUCUCCAUACACCCCACCUGCUCGUCCAGGAUGGCUUCCAGUGAUCUCCGCCAUCUCAACUAUUCAUAGCUCGGAAUGCAAAACAUUCUAGUGUAGGAGUCCGAGCCACAUCAUGUGCCGAUUGACAAAGCAAGCACCUCCCACCACGACGCUACCUACUGCAAACACUUUCGCAACACGCAAGAUUCGAACCUGGAAGGUGUGAUCAGAGUCGAUGAAGGAAAGGGAAUUUGGCCAUAGCCAACUUCGUUCCUCAAGGCUCCUUUGCGCAAACCGUGACCGGUUUGCCUCUCCUGUACUUGGAUGCUGUCCAGGAAUGAGCGGAGGAACAAUUUUCCAGGCAAGCGAGCCAACCAGCUAAGUUAACCA